UUUUUGCUGUGUCACUUUGCCGUUUCAUGAUGGUGGCAGCGCAGCUCGCAAAGGUUCACAAAUCGCCUUCACAAAACUGAGGCCAUCUUUUGGUUGUUUUGCUUUGGCCGUUGUAGGUAGUUGUGAUUGCUCUGGGAGACAGGAAGCAAUUCAAGUUCUACAGCCUUUGCCCGCCCUCCUCUGCCAAGCAGAAGGCAUCCUGUACCUUCGAAAAGUCUCUGAUCCGUCGAGCAAUCUUUGAAUUGUUGGCGGUAUCUUGUGCCCUACUCAGCUCCACAUCCUCACUCACGGCUGGUCAAUCAAGAUGCAAAGAUCCGCCAGUACAGCUUCCGCUGCGAGUAGAGGUGGUGGUGGGGGUAAAUCUGCAGAUAACAAGUCUAUGAAAGAUGCCGUUGCAGCUCUUCCCUACCAAGACCUGUUGGAUCGUCAGGAAACCAUCCAGGAACGACUCCAGGUGAUUGCCGUUGUACCGAUAAAGGCCAAGAAACCGACAGCUGCCAACAGCAACACUCACCCCAAGAGCCCUGCAAGCUCACGAAGUCGAAGUGCCAAGAGAAAGAAGACGGUAAAAGAUGACACGGAGGAGCAACAACCACCACCAAACGACAAUCAAGUACCGCUGCUGGAAAAGACGACAGAUGUGCACUGGGACUUUACCAUGAAAGAAAUGAUGUGGCUGGCUACCGACUUUCAAGGAGAACGCAAACGACAAAUGUCUUUGGCCAAAAAGAUUGCUGCGGCAGUACGACAAUACCACAAGACACGUGAAACCCGGAGACUCAGGGAGCUAGCAGAAGCCGAACUCAAGCGACGGCGACUGGCGGGAAGGAUUGGACGGGAAGUCCGAGGCUGGUGGACCAAAAUUGAACGUGUCAUUGCCUACAAACAAAAGUGCAGUGCCGAUGAGGAACGACGAAAAGCCAUGAACAAACAGCUAGUGACACUGGUCAAACAGACUGAGAAAUAUACAGAGUCUCUCAUUCACUUGCCAGAUCAGGAAGAGGAGGAAGAUGAAGACUAUUCCAGUAGUGACAGCAAAGAUGAAUCUCCUCCCAACGGGACAAAGAACCACCGAAAGCGACAACACAAGAAAAUACGGAAACGGCAUACCAUGUCUAUUGAGGAAGCUUUAGCCGUAGGCGAGAGAAGCCGAAGGUCCAAGAACAAGGUCGUUGACUACAACCAACUGCAGCUACAAGCAGGAGAUGCAACUCUGUAUGGAGAAUCCACAGCCUCUGACACGGGCUCAGACAAUUCUUAUUCACCGGAUGACAGCGAUCAUUGGACAGAUGACGAAACAACACUGCUAGAAGCAGAAGCUUUGGAAACUAGAGAGCGACUGCAGGAACUUGGAAAGCAGGAUGGCGAAACAGGAAACAAAACAUCCUUUACCGCUGAUCCCAGAGAACUGCGGGUUUUGCAGGAGGAGAGAGACAUGUCCAUUGAACAAGUUCUGGAACGUUACAGAGCAGAAGCCGACGCUCAAGACACAGUGGGCAAUGUCACAGACGAAGCAACUGCCGCGAAUCAUCUAGCCUCGCAAAGCACCGAACCAGCUUCAGAGACAAAGAUACCUCCUAGAGACAUUACUCAGGAUGGAGUGGACUCAGAGGUAGUCCCUAUGGAGGUAGAUGAAACAACCGCAGGACCCCGAAACGAAGCAACGGCAGAGAACACAACAAAAGAUGCGAAGGAGAAUCACAACGACGCAGCAACAAUGCCUGAGAGCCAGGACAACGAACCUGGCAAGAAACAAUCCACAAGAAGGGUUUCGUUUGCUCCGAGUCCAACCCGGACAAACGGCAGGACGAGCACAGCAGAGCAGCAAAGUGCUCGGGCAUCCCCAUCAUCUAAUGAGGCAGCUGCCAAGUAUGAUGCCGAUGAUGAUGGAGAUGCCAGUGAUGUGGAAGACUUUGUUGACUUGCUCGAAGCCAAGGGCUCCAACGGUUUAAACGGGGACGACGACGAUGCCUCAGAGGAGUUUGAAGCAGAUGAGAACGAGGUGGACGAUGAAACGACAUUGAUCCAGGAGGAGAAACUGCCACAGGAGAUGUCAGCUGAACAAGAAAUUGUUCUUUUGAAGGCCGAGAAUGAAAUGUCAGUGGAAGAGCUGCGAAAACUGUAUGCAGGAGUGUUGGAAGGUCCUUCCCCUGUCGCUGGACCCGACGAAACGACAACUGAGGAUGAACCCAGCAGAGUGACAAACGCUGAGUCAGCUAAGGACUCAAAUGCGGCAACGGACGAAUCGGCGGCUGUUGGAAAACAAAGUGAACCCGAUGAGCAAAGAAAGGCAGCUACGUUGGCUGGAGAUGAUGAUGAUGAUGAUGAUGCAUCGGAUGACGCCAAAUCCAACGGCGACAACAGCAACGAUGGUUCGGAAGAGUUUCAAGCCGACCCCAACGUGGUGGAUGAUGAAACUACAUUGACACAAGAAGAGGCUCUUCCCCGGGAAAUGUCAGCUGAAGAAGAGUUGGACCUGUUGAAAUCUGAGAAUGAAAUGAGCAUCGAAGAGCUUCGACAACGAUACGCUGCUGUUCUGGCAGGUCCAGUCGACGACAACAGCACCGCAGGCCCAGAGGCUGAGAACCAAGAAUCGUCAGAAAUUGUCGAACAGGAGGAUGGAGAGAAGGAAAACAGUGACAAUCAGCAAGCUUCAGAAGUCGGCGACGUACAAGGAGUCCGACGUAGCAAAAGACGGAGAGUCGGAGAUUCGGCAUCGACUAGUGCGUUGCUCACUCGUACAGCAAACGACAACCAGGAAGGAGCCAGUGAUGGCGAAUUUGAGCCACAAGGAGAUCCCGCACCAGACGAUGAAACUACGAUAGAAGCCGAAGAACGUCUUGGACGUGACAUGCCGUACGAGGCUGAAAUAGCAUUACUCAACGAGGAGAACGAAAUGUCCGUUGAGGAGCUCAAGGCUAAAUAUCUUGGGGUUCUCUCCGGCGAAAGCAAUGGUUCGGACAAUGGCGCAACAGGCACUGAGAGACACCAGGAAACCACUGCAAUGUCUUCUCUACUCGCAGAUGAAGUUGGUGAGAACACCUCUAGGGAUGCAGAAGAAGAUGGCGAGUUUGUCGCCGACGGAGAAGUAGUUGACGAUGAGACGACAAUGGAAGCAGAGGAACGCCUGGGACGAGAAAUGUCGCCAGAAGAGGAACUCGCUGUACUUCAAAAAGACAGUGAGACCCCCAUCGAGAGCCUGUAUGAAAUGUAUCAGAAAAUGGAAGAGGAACGGCUUGAUGCAGAUGGUUCUGACGACCCCUCGUGUGACGUAAACAGUAGUAAAAAGCGCAAGCGAGAUCCUGACAACGUCGAAAGCGAGCAAGAUCCUAGCAAUUCGAAGAGACCCAAGGAGGAAGAAUCUUCAGCAGAUGAAGGGUUGGCUGCGAUUCAAGCACUCGAGGCGUCUGCUGAACGGGCUAGACAAACGUUGGCUAGCCGCCCAUUCCUUUUGGCCUCGUGGGUGAAGCUUCGAAAGUACCAGCAAACCGGACUCAACUGGCUAGUUUCGCUUCAGACUCGUCGUCUCAACGGGAUAUUGGCAGAUGAAAUGGGUUUAGGGAAAACACUGCAGACAAUAUCUUUGCUAGCGUAUCUCGCUUCGUACAAAGGCAUCUGGGGGCCGCAUCUUGUAAUUGUCCCCACGUCAGUCAUAGUCAACUGGGAAACGGAAUUGAAGCGUUUUUGUCCAGGUCUCAAGUCUCUGUGCUACUACGGCUCUGCAAAACGUCGAAAAGAGCUUCGUUCGGGGUGGACAAAGACAAACUGGUAUCAUGUUGUUAUCACGUCAUAUCAACUGGCUGUGCAGGAUGCUUUUGCCUUCAAGCGAAAACGUUGGUACUACCUGAUUCUGGACGAAGCCCAGAACAUCAAAAACUUCCAAAGUCAACGUUGGCAAACUCUCAUCAACUUCAACACGCAACGAAGGCUUUUGCUCACGGGAACACCCUUGCAAAACAACCUGAUGGAGCUUUGGUCACUGUUGCACUUUCUGAUGCCGUACAUUUUCAGAUCUCGGAAGGAGUUUUCAUUUUGGUUUUCUAAUCCCAUGAAUAGCAUGAUAGAUGGCACUGGAAAUCAGAACGAUGAGAUGGUUGCGCGGCUUCAUGGUAUCAUCCGUCCUUUCGUGUUACGUCGACUGAAGAAAGACGUGGAGAAACAAUUGCCGGGGAAAUACGAACACAUUGUCAAGUGCCCACUGUCCAGGCGACAAAUGUUUUUCUACGAGGAGUUUAUGGCACGAUCUUCGACGAGACAAGCAAUGAAGAAAGGCGGCAACUAUAUGGGAAUGAUGAAUGUCCUGAUGCAACUAAGAAAAGUCUGCAACCACCCAGACCUUUUCGAGCCACGUUCGGUCGUGACACCUUUCGUUGUAAAGUCAAUCUCAAUAUCUGUUCCUUCGUGUCUUGUCGGGAUCAACUCCUCAAGAGGAGUGUUCGAGCGUCUGAGCCUGCAGCUUAUGUCUCCUCUUUGGUGUGGAAGUGGUGCGAUGCCGUCACUACCAACAUGCCGCGAGCACGACCAGUUUCGUUCCACGGCUCUCAUGGAGCUCGAGGACAGGUCGAUGGAGUCGCCAGUGGCAGAAACACAGUCGGAAGAGGACAACGAAGUGCCGAUGGACAUUCCACGUGCUUUAGCUGACCUUUUGGAUGAAUUGAAAGCCGAGGCUCGAAGUAGGACAAAAGACCGGAUCGCUUUCCAACAGAAAGUGAAUUCAAGCAGAUGCAGGUCGCCGCCAUUCCCACUUACUACUCGUCUUCAGAAAGCCGUCCACGUGCGACCUCAUCCAAUCUACGAGCUGGAAGAAGAUUUGCUUUCUACACCGUCGCAGCUGCUUGCCAUGCGUCGCAAUCAACAAGAACGAGCAGACGACGUCGACGAGAUGGUCAAGAACUUUGUUUGCUGUGUCCCCAAAGCAGGAGCGCCACGGCCGACUCUCGAGAUCCGCACGUCCAACAACGACACUAUGACCUUAGAGGAGGUGCUGAUGGAGCCAAUUGAAGAUUACCUCCAACCCUUCAGAAAGGCCCAUGCCAGGCUCACAUCUUUCUUCCCCGACAAAAAGCUUGUUCAAUUCGAUGCUGGGAAACUUCAGACCUUGGCUGAGUUACUCCACGAUUUGAAACGUGGCAGUCAUCGAGUGCUGAUAUUCACACAGAUGAGCAAAAUGCUUGAUAUCUUGGAGGCGUUUCUGAACCUGAACGGACACACAUAUGUGCGGCUCGACGGUAGUACAGGUGUGGAUCGUCGACAGCGACUGAUGGAUCGAUUCAACAACGACCCAAAGAUCUUCUCCUUUAUCUUGAGCACGAGGAGCGGUGGAAUGGGUAUCAAUCUGACAGGGGCGGACACGGUCAUAUUCUACGAUUCCGAUUGGAAUCCUGCUAUGGACGCACAGGCUCAAGAUCGAGCACACAGAAUUGGGCAAACCAGGGAUGUCCACAUCUAUCGGCUAAUUACGGAGCAUUCGAUUGAGGAGAACAUUCUCGUGAAAGCCCAACAGAAGAGAAACUUGGAUAUUAUUGUCAUGGACAAGGGAAAGUUUGAUGGGUCUGCUCGUGACAGCAAAAAGGAAGAGCCAAUUCCAAGUUCUGCAGAACAAGAUCAAUCGGAUGUGUUCACCAAAGGUGGGCUUAGAGCUAUUCUAGGAGUGGGCGAUGAUGAUUUCGACAACCUUGACGACGACGAUGGCGAGAACGAAGUCACCGAAAACCUCACGAAGGAACAAAUGGAGGCCGCAAUGACAAAUCUCGAAGACAAAGAUGACGUUCUGGCGCUGCGCGGCGCCCAAAAGGAAGCUGCGGAGGAUUUGCGAGAGUUUGACGAGACGGUGGAGCUUCAGAAGGAUUCAGACAACGAGGGCGACGAUGAGGAAGCUGAAAACAACAACAAUAACAAAUCGAGCAAGGGGCAGCCCAAAGACAAGAAACCCGAUGAAGACGCACCCGACGAAAAGAACCAAGAAGAAGAGAUGGUCAAGGAGUUUGCGGCUUGGCAGGACGAUGUCGGCCUGGAUACAUCGGCCCUGGUAGCUUCCUUGUCUCCCACCGAAAAGUACGGGUAUAGCUUCCGACAAGAAAUCGACCCGUUUUACUCUGUCUUUGCGAUCAUGGAGGAAAGAAGAAGGCUCGAGGCUGCUGAGGAGACAAAGGAAGAGCUCGACAUUGACCAGAUCGAAAUGGACAAAGCUGAUGAGGAACGAAGAGCAAUCGAGGACGGGGACUUGCUGGCUACCAGACCAAAGCCAGAGGAAUUAGUUCGGCAGCGAAAUUUUUAUAACCGUGAGAAGGCACGCCUGAAGUCGGACAAAAAGAGACGAACGCUCACUGGAGAGAACUGGGAUGUGCGAGAAGACGGACGUACAAACGCACCUUUCUGGUACAACACGGAUACCGGUGAAGCGUUGUGGGAUAGACCAACAGUGCUACUGGAGCUUGAGGCCGAAGCAGAUGCUCGUCGUAUGCUUUGGUCAGGCUUGCAACGCAAACCGUUGGUUCAAAUCAUGAGCUUUCUUCUGCCUUAUCCAGACCGGAUCCAGUGCACGAAAGUUUGUCGACAAUGGCGAUUGGCCGCGAGCGAUAUCUCGUUCGUUCGCCACAUCUAUCCAGUCGAGAUGGGAGCCAUCAUGCGGGACGACAAACACAUGGCACCCAAUCACUAUAGAAGCAUUGCCGAUGCUCUUUCGAUUGCUCUUCCGGGAGACACAAUUGAGUUUUCCGACGGGCACUACUGGGUAAGCCAACCAGGGCUCUCCAUUGACUUCCCGCUCAAACUGGUUGGGGACGAAAACAACGCUUCCAACGUUGUGAUUGAAAUGAGUGGGACAGUGGAUUGGCGUGGCAAGUCAGGCUGGGUGGAAGGUGUCACCUUUCGAAGGCCAAAGAUAUCGUCUGGCGAGGGCUCCACUGACGACAUGUUGAGAAUUGCCAAAGGCGGGCGAGUGGACAUCGUUCAAAGCGUUAUCGACAACUCCGGAAGCAGUGGGACUUCUGCCGUUGCAAUCCAGGGGCCCGGAGUAAAAUGUCGAUGGGAGGGGGUUAUUAUACAUGGCGGAAAAGAGCAGGGGGUAAAGCUCAGCGCUGGCGCCACGUUAGAACUGGAAAAGUGUGUCAUCCGAGGCAGCGCCGGGAAUGGGAUAACUGCUGACAGCUCGGAGAUCAAGGCAACAGAAUCUUCCUUUGUCGUGAACGAUGGCUUUGGGGCAGAAAUACGAGGCGGAAACCUGACGCUGCACCAGUGCAAGUUUGACCGCAACGCGAAAGGUACCGUGAAGAAUCACCAAGAGCAAGCUGGUUGACACAUCGGGUGUCAAGCCACGAGAGCAAUGCCACGUACGUUCGUGCAAACCGCCUCUAGUAGCAGAAGAUUCGGGGACAAAUGGGCGCGUAAAUAAAUGCUAGCUAUUAGAAUAGACUUUUAGAUAAGUGCUCCCUUGGAGGGCCGCGAGGGGAGUCAAAGCAGCAGAGCAUCAUGUUGCAUUUGCUGAUACUGUUUCGCCAACGCUGGU